AUGUCUGCCGAAGCUGCGACCACCCCUACCGCCACUGACAACACUGUCAACGGCACCCCCGAGGCCAACGGUGCCGCGGACACCACUCCCGCUCCUGAAACCGCCGGCGAGGGUGCUGCCGCCGCCGCUAACGCUCAGCCCCACUCGGCUUCGCUCUAUGUUGGCGAGCUCGACCCCUCUGUGACCGAGGCUAUGCUCUAUGAGCUCUUCUCUUCCAUCGGCCAGGUCGCCUCCAUCCGUGUCUGCCGCGAUGCCGUCACCCGCCGCUCUCUCGGUUACGCCUACGUGAACUACAACAACACCGCUGACGGCGAGCGUGCCCUGGAGGACCUGAACUACACCCUCAUCAAGGGCAAGCCUUGCCGUAUCAUGUGGUCCCAGCGUGACCCUGCCCUGCGCAAGACUGGCCAGGGUAACGUGUUCAUCAAGAACCUCGACAACGCUAUUGACAACAAGGCCCUGCACGACACCUUUGCCGCCUUCGGUAACAUUUUGUCCUGCAAGGUUGCUCAGGAUGAGUUCGGCAACUCCAAGGGUUACGGUUUCGUUCACUACGAGACUGCUGAGGCUGCCAACAAUGCCAUCAAGCACGUUAACGGCAUGCUUCUGAAUGACAAGAAGGUCUUCGUCGGCCACCACAUCUCUAAGAAGGACCGCCAGAGCAAGUUCGAGGAGAUGAAGGCCAACUUCACCAACAUCUAUGUUAAGAACCUGGAUCACGAGAUCCCUGACGAGGAGUUCCGCACCAUGUUCGAGAAGUUUGGUGAGAUCACCUCCGCCACCCUGAGCCAUGACCAGGAGGGCAAGAGCCGUGGUUUCGGCUUCGUCAACUACUCUACCCAUGAGAGCGCGCAGGCCGCCGUUGACGAGAUGAAUGAGAAGGACAUCAAGGGCCAGAAGCUCUACGUUGGUCGUGCCCAGAAGAAGCACGAACGUGAGGAGGAGCUCCGAAAGCAGUACGAGGCCGCCCGUAUGGAGAAGGCCUCCAAGUACCAGGGUGUCAACUUGUACGUCAAGAACCUGACCGAUGACGUCGACGACGAGAAGCUGCGUGAUCUUUUCAGCCCCUACGGCACCAUUACCUCCGCUAAGGUGAUGCGUGACUCUCUCUCCGACCGCAGCCCGUCCCCCGAGUCUGAGGAGAAGGAGGGUGAGAAGGAGCCCAAGGAGGAGGAGGUGAAGGAGGAGGCCAAGGAGGAGGCUAAGGAGACUAAGGAGGCUGAGAAGACUGAGGAGAAGACCAACGAAGAGACUAAGGAGGAUGAGGAGAAGGAGGAGGGUGAGAAGUCAGAGAAGAAGCUUCUCGGCAAGAGCAAGGGCUUCGGUUUCGUUUGCUUCAGCAGCCCCGAUGAGGCCUCCAAGGCUGUCACUGAGAUGAACCAGCGCAUGGUCAACGGCAAGCCCCUCUAUGUCGCCCUUGCCCAGCGCAAGGAUGUCCGCCGCAGCCAGCUUGAGGCCAGCAUCCAGGCCCGUAACACCAUUCGCCAGCAGCAGGCUGCUGCCGCCGCUGCCUGCCGUCUUCUACCCCCCGGCCAGCAGGGCUUCAUCCCCGGUGGCCAGCGUGGCGGUAUGCCCUUCCCUCCCCAGCCCGGCAUGGUCAUGGCUGGUAUCCCCGGUGGACGCCCCGGCCAGUACCCCGGCCCCUUCCCCGGUCAGCAGGGUGGUCGUGGCAUGGGCCCCAACCAGCAGAUUCCCGCUAACUUCCAGGGCAUGCCCAUGGGCAUGCAGGUUCCCGGUGGUAUGCCCAACGGUAUGGGCUACCCCAUGCAGGGCCAGUUCGGCCGUGGUGCUGGUGGCCGUGGUCAGGUCCCUGGCAUGCCUAUGGGCCAGGGCAUGCGCGGUGGUUUCCGUGGCGGUCCUCAGGGCCAGAUGGGUCGCGGCCAGGGCCGCGGUCAGCCCGCCCCCGCCGGCCAACCCGGCCAGGCUGAGGCUACCCCCGCCAGCGGUAUCAGCUCCCAGACUCUUACCAGCGCUCCCCCGGCUCAGCAGAAGCAGAUGCUCGGUGAGGCCCUCUACCCCAAGAUCCAGGCUCAGCAGCCCGAGCUCGCUGGCAAGAUCACUGGUAUGCUUCUGGAGAUGGACAACACUGAGCUUCUUGGCCUACUUGAUGAUGAAGAGGCUCUGCGUGCAAAGGUCGAUGAGGCCCUCAGCGUUUAUGAUGAGUAUAUGAAGAACAAGGGUACCGAGGGUGAGGCGACUGGCGAGUCCAAGCCCAAGGAGGCCGCCAAGGAGGCUUCCUCGGAGGAGAACAAGUCUUAG